GGGUAUUCCUGAAGUAACUGUUCACCCUGACAGCGAAAAGAUGGCAGAAGCAAACGCUGAUGUGGAGCGUGAAUAUAAUGGCGGGGGACUCAAGGAGAAUUGGAAUAUUGUCCAAAAGAAUAGAAAACGGACCAAAGUUGCAAACAGUGAUGAGAAUGUCCUUUUAUCUUGUAGGAGUAUGUUUUGUUAAUGAGGAGCAGCUGAUUUGGAUUAUCAAUUUUGACGAAUCCAUUUGAUAUAACCAAACUGGUGGAGAGAGUGCUGUAAGUAAAUUGAAGGCUAUGAGGAUCACGGGAGGCAGGCUUGUUUAGAUUAUUAUUUUUUUAUUCUGAGGAUAAGAAGGAAAGUGGGUUGCAUCUCACCCAAUUUUUAGAAGUUUGAAGUGUCCUGUUCCCGAAGAGACACCGAAGGGGGUAAUAUCUGGCGGUUCGUGGGGAGUCGAUGUUGCACAGAUGAAAAAUAUUCCUAGAGUGAUUGAUGCUCGUCGGAUGAAUCGUGUGGUGAAUGAAGAAAAAGAGACGAGUAUCCUCCAUUCUUUUUAAUAUUUUUUUUAUAUGUGGAGUCUCUCCCUACUCAAAUGCAGUUGGGAAAUAUAAACUACAGUCAGAGUGUUUGUUCCAAGACCAAUGCACUGUGAUCAUUGUCAAGCUUUUGGACAUGUUUCAAGUGUCUGCUGAAGGGGAAAAGCCGAGAUGUUCAAGUUGUGGAAAAAUUUUCAGCAGUUCUUUGUCUCUGAAGUGGAGUUUCCCCCCGAGCAGCAGCAUUGUAAGCAGGAGUGGAUCCCCAGUCUGGGGAAAGAUGACUGGAACCCCAUACAGAUUAAAGAGGAACAGGGGGAAUUCAGUAUCAUCCAGGAGGAGGAAGACACUGUAUUCACUCCUGCCUGGGUGAAAAGUGACUAUGAUCAGUACUCAACUCAGUCCUCACAAACCCAAAGUGAAAAAGACAGAAUGGACUCGACUGAACAGAUCAAAAGAGAACCUAAGGAAGAUGAUUCAUGGACAGAAAAAGGACAAAGCUCAAAGGGUAGAAAAUCCAUGGAUCUGAAAUCACCAGUGGAAAGGAGACACACAGAAGUGCAACCAUUUUGCUGUAGUGAUUGUGGGGAACGUUUCACUCAGAUGGGAGAACUGGAUGCUCAUAGGAAGGCUCACACAGGAGAGAAACCGCAUCGCUGUGGUGAAUGUGGCAAAUGUUUUACUCAAGUUGGGUAUCUGAACUAUCACAUAAAGACUCACACAGGGGAGAAACCUCAUCGCUGUCAUGAUUGUGGCAAAUGUUUCUUUCGAGUUGGUGAUCUGACACUUCAUAUGAGGAUUCACACAGGGGAAAAACCGCUUUGCUGCCAGGUCUGUGGCAAAUGUUUUGCUCGUCCUAGUAAUCUGAGGUCUCACAUUAGGAUUCACACAGAGAAAUCUUACAGCUGUCAUUAUUGUGGCAAAUAUUUUCGUCAUAAAGGUAAUCUGACAGCGCAUAUGAGGAUUCACACGAGGAAAAUCACCUUGUCGCUAUAGUAGCAGAUCUUUCACCACUGCCGAUAAUCACAUGAGCCAUUUUUAAAGUAUAUUGCUGUCAGGAUUGUUGUAAAUGUUUCUCUAAUUGUUAGAAUAUGAGGAGACCGAGGUGAGGAACCACAUGCUACUAUGACUGGCAAAUAUUUCAUAAUCUUAGGUCUUCUGAGAUCUCUUUUGUUUGAGGCAUGGUUCACUUCAGGCAACGCUUCAUGUGAAUAGCAAACUCACAUUUUGUGAGUAUUUUAUUUAUUUCAGGGCAGCUUUAACCAACAUCUCAAAUCUCGUCUCAUUGAUUGGACUAGCUGAGUCCUGACUCCAAUUAGCUUUUGGAGAAGUCAUUAGCCUAGUGGUUCACAUACUUUUUCCAACUUAUACCGUGAAUGUUUAGAAUAAUAUAUUCAAUAUAGACAAGAAAAAAUACAAUUUGUGUUAUUAGUUUAAGCACAUUGUGUUUGUCUACUGUUGUGACUUCGAGGAAGAUCCAGGUAAUUCCAAAGGGUUCACAUACUUUUUCUUGCAACUGUACUCCUCUGGCAGAUACACACACACCCCUUUUUAAACUAUUCAAAGUCAAAGAUAGAUCCAACCCUUGGCUUUCAGUUUAGCUCUUUCAGAUUAGAAGUCGGACCUGGGCCAAUUCAAGGAAAACUGACUCUGUAGUGGACUGGCAAUUUAGUCCACUACAGCCUCUAGCUGACACGAUGGUUAACCUGUCAACUUCUAGUGAAUCUUUUUGUUUUCAUUUCAACAAUUUACUAUCUGUGACGUGCUAGAUGCCUUUUCUUAACAUUGAUGUUUUAAAAAAAACAACCUGUGACUGAUAUUCUUGAUACAUUUUUGCUGCAGCUCACUGCCCCCCUGAUUGCUGUAUUAUUAACCCAUAUUUUUAACCUGACGAUUAUAUAUCUGGUACUACCCCUAAAGUUUGGAAGGCGGCCCAUGUACUCCCCCUUCACUAAGAUGGUGACCCUUGUGACCUAAAUACUUAUUGGCCUAUUUCUAAACUUUCUUGCCUUGCUAAAAUAUUAGAAUACUUGAUUAAUUCUCAGCUAAGAACUUUAUCUUUGAAAUGUUUUCUAAAUGUACAUCAGUCGGGUUUUAGACCAGGUCAUAGCCCUAUCUCUGCUCCAUCCCUAGUUAUAAAUGAUGUGGUUAGCUGUAUAGAUGAAAGGCAACAUUGUGCUGCCCUCUUCAUUAACCUGUCAAAGGCUUUCAGUACUGUUAAUCACUCACUGCUAAUACAGAGGCUUUCAAUUGACCUAGACCAGGCUGCAUGUAACUGGUUUAAAAGUUACUUGACAGAUAUAACUUAAUGUAUAUCUCCUGAUGGUGUUAAAUCAGGUUUUCUGGAUAUUAGGAAAAGGUGUCCUUCGGGUUGAUUCUGGGUCCUGUACUUUUUAUAUUAACAAUAUCAAAUUGUUUGUAAAAAAUUGUAACCUGCACUUGUAUGCCAAUGAUACUGUUGUGUAUGCUAUUGCCUCCACCCUGUUGACCAGGCUCUAUCUGAACUUCAGUCUGCCUUCAUUGUAUUGCAGAAAAACUUUAUUGACCUAAAAUUAGUACUGAAAACUAAGUAACAUCUUGUUCUCUAGAGAGCAUAAAAAUAAGUUUGUACUUUGGAUGGUCACUUUUUACCCACUAUUGAGUACUUUCUUCCUUUUGAAGUUAUGAUAAAACAUUUUAUGGAAAAGUUAUUGAAUGAUUUCUUGAAAAGAGUGGGAACCCUGUUUUUAAAAAAAACAUAUCACAAUUACUUCAAGCGAUCCAUGUGUUUUAUAACUAGUAUAAUAUAAUUUUUGCCUUGGUUAUUCAUUUUACAGUUUCAUGUUACAUUACUCUUACUUUGAAGGAUAAAAAAAAACCUUGCCCCGGAAGUUCUUCAUUACUGUUGGCUUCACCGGUGACGGAACACAACACACGCUAGCCAGCCAUUGGCAUUCUCUGGGGACAAAAUGUCUAAAUUGGAGUUGUUGAGAAUGAUUUUUAACCAACGAUGUACAGGCGCUGCAGAUGAGAUAUUCAGAGCCGUUGCAAAAACGAUAUCGGAGUACCAGGACAACGUUAAUCUAUCGAAAGAGGACAACGGCCGUCUACAGGGGCUGCUUGACGUCAUCCUGAAACCUGAGAUAAAGUUGUAUAGAGCAGAUUUUGAGCAGUUCAUUGUCUCUGAAGUGGAGUUUCCCCCUGAGCAGCAGCACUUUGAACAAGAGUGGAGCCCCGAUCUGGGGCAAGAUGACUGGAACCCCAUACAGAUUAAAGAGGAACAGGGGGAAUUCAGUAUCAUCCAGGAGGAGGAAGACUCUGUAUUCACUCCUGCCUGGGUGAAAAGUGAUUAUGAUCAGUACUCAACUCAGUCCACACAAACCCAAAGUGAAGAGUACAAAGACAGAACAAAACCUAAGGGAGUGGAUUAUUCAAAGCCAACCCGUGGCUCUUGGCCCCAGCCCAAAUCGAGGAGGACACCGACAGAAAAUAGAAAAAGCUUUAUCAGCUCCAAGAGGAGAAAAUCAAUGGAUCUGAAAUCACCAGUGCAAAGGAGGCGUCACACAGAAGAGAAAUCAUUUUGCUGUAGUGAUUGUGGUGAAUGUUUCACUCAGAUGGGAAAACUGAAUUCUCAUAGGAUCAUGAUACACUCCAGAGGUAAUCAGUUUCGCUGUGAUGAAUGUGGCAAAUGUUUUGCUCAGUGGGGAUAUCUGAAUUCUCAUAUGAGGAUUCACACAAGGGUGAAUUGUGGCAAAAUAUUCACUCAGUCUGACCGUUUCGAACCCUCCUUGACCACGUUGAAGGAUCGCACAGGGGAGAAACUUUAUUGCUGUGGUGAAUGUGGCAAAUAUUUUUCUAACACUGGGUCCCUGAAUUAUCAUAGGAGGUCGCACACAGAGAAGAAAUCGCAUCGCUGCCACGAUUGUGGCAAAUGUUUUUAUAAAUGUAUGGAUCUGAAUAUUCACAGGAGGAUUCACACAGGGGAGAAACCAUAUCGCUGCCAGUUCUGUGGAAAAUGUUAUAAUCAGCAGACUUCUCUAAGUUAUCACAUGAGGAAUCACACAGAGACAUCUUGUAACUGUCAUUAUUGUGGCAAAUAUAUUCGUCAUAAAGGUAAUCUGACAGCGCAUAUGAGGAUUCACACGAGGAAAAUCAGAUAAUUGUUCUUUAAGAUAAUCAGAUCUUUAAUUACUGGCAGUCACAUAUGACAGUCAUAUUCAUAUGCACAAUGUAUAUAUGUAUAUGAGUGCACAUUAAGAUAAUCAGAUGAGCAAUAAACUAUUUUGCUGUCAGGAUUGUUGUAAAUGGUUCACUCAUUCCAAUCUGAAUAGUCUGGGGAGACAGAGGGGAGGAACCAAAUUAAUACCAUAACUGGCAAAUCGUUCACAACUGCCUUUUAUUUGACACUGCGUAUGAGACAUUCACACAUUACACGUUUUCUGUAGAAAAUGCUUUAGUGCCAGAAGUGCAUUGAAUAGUCAUCAGAGAACACACAGCGAAGAACAACCUUCAAAGCCUAAAGGUUCACCCGAGGACACACUUGAUUGACCUUUACUCUGGUAGCCCUGAAGCCUGAUCUCUAUUCAAAUCAAAUUGUAUUGGUCACAUACACAUAUUUAGUAGAUGUUCUUGCGAUUGUAGCAAAAUGCUUUUGUUCCUAGCUCCAACCGUGCAGUAGUAUAUAACAAUUCAAAAAAUGCCUUGGAACAAAGGAAUUGGAUCCUUGAAACAAAGAUGUUCUGCUUAACCUGUCAUUUUCCAUUCUGUAUUGGCAGUAACUUUCAUUAAGUGUGAAACUAUUUUUCCACUGAGAUCAGAACUUGUGGUUAAUUGUGUAGCCCGUCUCUUCCAGAAACCAUUUUGUGUGCUUCAUUGUUAAAUAUCACCCAUCGUCUAUGAUGAUGCAUGUAUGUCUCAUUCAGAAUUACUGUUCUUGUCACUCAGAAGAAUAAUUUGCCUUUUAGCCAUUUGCCAUUUUAGCAGUUGUAUCUUGAAGAGGUUGCUGACUUUGCAGAGCGAUCUCCCAGUAGGCCUACUGUUUGCGCCAUUAAAUACGUUUUCUGAACAUGAUGACCACCACCUGACUUGUCUCUUUUCACAUUGACAUCUUCAUUGGAGCCUUCAAGGCCAUGAUACACUUGGAAUUUGUUGAGGUAAUGUUGCUACUGUAUCAUGGGCUUAAGAGUACACAUGGAGAGAAACAUGACUGUGUCCUGUGUGGGGGAAGGCCAUCACAGAAGAUUGAGGCACAUGUUGUAACUUCUACCUGUUGAGUGGAGACACGCCACAGUUCUUAAUUUAAAAGUCAUCCAGUUUUUCAGAAGUAUCUGAUUACAAUAUUUUUGCUGGUAAUGUAACUGAUUAGUUGCAUAAAGAGAGAAUCAGCAAGU